AUGGUAUUCGACAGUCAAUCUCUCGAGGCCUCCCAAUCGCCGCACCACAUGACGCAAAACGGCCAUAUCGUCGCUCCCAACGCAGCCUCGGCCGUGCCCCGCGCUCUCCCCGACAUUUGCUACACCUUGCGGCGGAUGGUGAUUGCGUUCCUGGACCAGCAGCCCGCCGACAGCGAUGUUGCGCUGAAGAGUACACAGAAGCAGGCAAGGGCCUCGAUCAAGACUGUCGAAGAGGCCCUGCGCCGGUACCAACCCGACCAAAUAUCCCUCUCAUACAACGGAGGCAAGGACUGUCUCGUCUUGCUCGUCCUCAUCCUCGCCUGCCUGCCCGCUCGGUACGAUUCCUCCGCCACAACCAACGGUGACGGCCCCGUCUCCAAAAACCCGCCGCCAACCAUGCAAGCCGUCUAUAUCGCGCCGCUCGAUCCAUUUCCCGAAGUCGAAGAAUUUGUUUCACGCACAACAAGGGAGUACCACCUCGACCUGACCCGCUACGUUCUCCCAAUGCAGCAAGCCUUGGAGGCAUACCAAGCCGAGAAGCCUGCCGUCAAGGCCAUCUUCAUGGGCUCGCGACGCACCGAUCCAUUCUGCGAGUUUCUGUCCGAAUUCAGCCCCACGGACAACGGCUGGCCCGAGUUCAUGAGAGUGAACCCUAUCCUAGACUGGCACUACACAGAUAUAUGGACUGUAAGCUAUCCCUCUGCGGUGACAACGUCUCCCCCGAAACACAAGCCUGACCUGCUUCCCAUCAAUCAGUUCAUCCUCCGCCUCGAGAUUCCCUUCUGCACCCUCUACCAACAGGGCUUCUCGUCACUCGGCGGCGUCAAAAACACCCGCCCGAACCCCGCUCUCGCCGUCAACUCUGAGGGGACCAAGUUCCGGCCAGCAUAUGAACUCACCCGCGACGACGAAGAGCGAUUAGGCCGCGACAAGUAG